GGCCACGACCCCGGCCCCAGCUCUUACCGCCUCGGAAGAUCUUCCAGCCCCUGGGGUCGAAUUCCUGGGGAGGGGGCUCCGAUCCCGUGGAACUGUGUCUCUGUCACCCGGGAGGAGAAUCGGCCAAAAUUCCUAAUAAGUCACAUAGUAAAGUUGGAAAACAUACCCCGGACCUCCCCGCACGCGCCGGCGCCUCCUGCCCUUCCCCGAGGAUGUGUGCCCCGCCACCCUCGUCGCUCCUAGAGCUGGGGGCCAGGGGCGUUGAGAGGGACACAGGUGGGUGCCCAUGACCCAGCUCAGCCCGACGACUGGGAAGGACACCUGUUGGGAUGGUCCUCCAGGACCCAGGACUGGAGGGCACAGUGAGGACCGAGGAGUUGUACUUGCUCUCCACGCCGGCCCUGAAACAUGCUGUCCAGCCCUCACCCGCCCCGGCAAGUCACCCAUUUCCCAGAGAGCAGCCCCGCCACGUCCAGAUGCCCGAGUAGAGAGUUUACUUCCGGUCCCCUCCUCCCAAGCUAGGAGGAGCGAUGGAGAAGUGGGCGGGCAGGCCCCGGUUGUGUCUGAUGCUGCUUCUGUCCUUCCCUCAGCUCUGCCUGGACCAGGAGGUGUUGUCUGGACACGCUCUUCAGACGCCCCCUGAGGAGGGCCAGGGCCCUGAGGGCAUCUGGGGUCCUUGGGCCCAGUGGGCCUCUUGCUCCCAGCCCUGUGGGGUGGGGGUGCAGCGCAGGAGCCGCGCAUGUCAGCUCCCUACAGCUUCACUCCACCAGGGCCGACCCCUCCCACCCCGGCCCCCAAGACAUCCGGAAACCCUGCUGCCCCGGGGUCAGGGCCCCAGACCUCAGACUUCCCGAGAAGCCCUCCCCCUGUACAGGCCACAGCCUCGAGGCAGGGGCGGCGCGCUUCGAGGUCCUGCUUCCCCGUUAGGGGGAGAGGAGGCCCAGGAGAUUCAAGGAGCCAGGAGGUCCCGGGUUCGAGACCCUAUCAAGCCCGGAAUGUUUGGUUACGGGAGAGCGCCCUUUGCUUUGCCGCUUCAUCGGAACCGCAGGCACCCCCCGAGACCGCCUGGAUCUGAGCUAUCCCAGGCCUCAGAGCUUCCACCCCUGGUUCCAGAAGCAGAGCCAUCCUCUGCUAAUGACGCGCCUCUAACUCAGUUGCCUCCCACGGAACCACCUGCCCACGCCCUGUCCCCCUCAGCAGAACCCCCAAGCCCCGAAGCUGCUCAGACAGAGGUGCCCUCCAGAGCCAGACCUGUCCCCACACGGCCCCUCCCCAGAGCCCAGGCCUCUGGCACAGAGCCCCUCUUGCCCACCCCCUCCCCACGAGAAAGUGGCUCCUUCCACGUGUCCCCUCAGCCAAGAACGCCAAGUUUCCAGGGUCGGUCCAGUCCCCGGGUGGCAGAGAGACACCCUAAACCCUUCCUUUCUGUCCCUCGGGGCCGAGGCCAGCAGAGCCUGGAGCCCUGGAGACCUGAGGGCAAUCGCCACAGGUCCCUCUCAGAGUCUGCCCCUCACUACCCGGAUGGAUGGCUGCCUCUGCUGAGGGCUGGUCCCCAGUCCAGCUCCCAGUGGAGCCUCUUUGCUCCCAGUAGCCCUGUCCCAAGAUGUUCCGGGGAGAGUGAGCAGCUGAGAGCCUGCAGCCAAGCGCCCUGCCCCCCUGAGCAGCCAGACCCCCGGGCCCUGCAGUGUUCAGCCUUUGACUCCCAGGAGUUCAUGGGCCAGCUGUACCAGUGGGAGCCCUUCACAGAAGUCCAGGGCUUCCAGCGCUGUGAGCUGAACUGUCGUCCCCGUGGCUUCCGCUUCUAUGUCCGUCACACCGAAAAGGUCCAGGACGGGACCCUGUGUCAGCCGGGAGCCCUAGACAUCUGUGUGGCUGGACGCUGUCUGAGCCCCGGCUGCGAUGGGAUCCUCGGCUCUGGCCGGCGUCCAGACGGCUGUGGCGUCUGUGGGGGCGAUGAUUCCACCUGUCGCCUCAUCUCGGGGAACCUUACUGACCGCGGGGGCCCUCUUGGCUACCAGAAGAUCCUACGGAUCCCAGCGGGGGCCUCCCGGCUCCAGGUCGCCCAGUUCCGGCCCAGCUCCAACUACCUGGCUGUCCGAGGCCCUGGCGGCCGGUCCAUCAUCAAUGGGAACUGGGCCGUGGAUCCCCCAGGGUCCUACGCGGCCGGCGGGACCGUCUUCCAGUACAACCGGCCUCCCCGAGAGGAGGGCGCAGGGGAGAGCCUGUCGGCCGAGGGCCCCACGACACAGCCUGUGGAUGUCUAUAUGAUCUUUCAGGAGGAAAACCCAGGGGUUUUUUAUCAGUAUGUCAUCUCCUCACCUCCUCCAAACCUCGAAACCCCCACCCCAGAGCCGCGUGUCCCGCAGCUGCAGCCUGAGAUUUUGGGGGUAGAGCCCGCACCUGCGCCGGCGCCCCGCCCCGCCCGGACCCCUGGCACCCUCCAGCGUCAGGUGCGGAUCCCCCAGGUGCCCGCCCCGCCCCACCCCAGGACACCCCUGGGGUCUCCACCCGGAUUCUGGAAACGAGUGGGACACUCCGAGUGCUCUGCGUCCUGCGGGAAGGGUGUCUGGCGCCCCGUCUAUCUCUGCGUUUCUCGCGAGUCGGGAGAGGAACUGGAUGAACGCAGCUGUGCCGUGGGCACCAGGCCCCCAGGCUCCCCGGAACCCUGCCACGGUCCCCCGUGCCCCCCAACCUGGGAGGCUGGCGACUGGACGUCCUGCAGCCGCUCCUGUGGCCCGGGCACCCAGCACCGCCAGCUGCGCUGCCGGCAGGAGUUCGGGGCGGGUGGCUCCUCAGUGCCUCUGGAGCGCUGUGGACACCUCCCCCGGCCCAACAUCACCCAGCCCUGCCAGCUGCGCCUCUGUGGCCAUUGGGAGGUUCGUUCAGCCUGGAGCCAGUGCGCGGUGCGGUGCGGCCGCGGCCAGCGGAGCCGGCAGGUCCGCUGUGUGGGAAGCAACGGGGAUGAAGUGAGCGAGCGGGAGUGCGCGACGGGCCCCCCGCGGCCCCCCAGCAGAGAGGCCUGUGACAUGGGGCCCUGCACCACGGCCUGGUUCCACAGCGACUGGAGCGCCAAGUGUUCGGCCGAGUGUGGGACCGGAAUCCAGCGACGCUCCGUGGUCUGCCUCGGGAGCGGGGAGGCCGCUGGGGCGGGCCCGGAGGGAGCGGGAGCAGGAGCCGGCGAGCAGAGCUGUGCCCCGGGAAGCCGGCCCCCCGACAUGCGUGCCUGCAGCCCGGGGCCCUGUGAGAUGACAUGGUGCUGGUACGCGGGGCCCUGGGCUGAGUGCUCCGCAGACUGUGGCCCUGGCACGCAGCGACGAGACAUCAUCUGUGUGUCCAAACUUGGGGCUGAGUUCAACGUAACUUCUCCUAGCAACUGUUCCCACCUGCCCAGGCCCCCUGCCCUGCAGCCCUGUCAGGGGCAGGACUGCCAGGACCGCUGGUUUUCUACGCCCUGGAGCCCGUGCUCUCGCUCCUGCCAGGGCGGCGUGCAGACAAGGGAGGUCCAGUGCCUGACCGCCAACCAGACCCUCAGCGUCCGAUGCCCGCUUCACCUGCGGCCCUCCAGGAAACGGCCCUGCAACAGCCAGCCCUGCAGCCAGCGCCCUGAUGAUCAAUGCAAGGACAGCUCUCCACACUGCCCCCUGGUGGUACAGGCCCGGCUCUGCGUCUAUCCCUACUACACAGCCACCUGUUGCCGCUCUUGCGCCCAUGUCCUGGAGCGGGCCCCCCCGGAGCCCGCCUGAAAUGGGCCCAGGAGACCCUCACCUGAUGGUUUCUCACGCCACCAUCAGUCACCCAUCCGUCAGCCCGCUCCGUACCCUCUGGCUCUCCAGCCUGUCCUGGUCUCACCUCCCCCAGGGUGGUCGAAGGUGGCGGAAUGAGUGACGGUGACGGUCAGGACGUGUGGUUGGGCCUGUGCGGUGGUGUGACCCUGAGUGUGCACACGUGCCCCCGUGUGUACCCGGGCCUGCAUGGAGGUGUGUGCGCUCAUACGUGUGUGUCGCUUCUCACAAAGAUGUUAAACAGACUGAGGAGGAAGGGGGAGGGGACGACGCCCGUUUCCCUGAGACUUUUCUAGGCUGAGAGCGAAGCCGGUUUGCAGCUCCUUAGUAACCCGAGCUGCUUAGCGACUGGCCCCCCAUCAACCCCAGCCUUGCACCCUAAACCUCAUUUCUCAUGGUCGGGCCUCAUAUCUUCUAAACCACCCUUUUGUCCUCCGGCCCCCUACCCUUACUUGGUCUCUCUGUCCCUACGUUUCAUAAUUGGCGAGGGGUGGUGGUGGGCCACGGCCCACCCCACCUGACCCCGGGAAGAGAGGCCCUGCAGCCAGCGGGGACCAGCUGGGCAGAGGCUGGAGAGAGAGAUGAGAAUAAGGCAGCCCGGCCCCCGCUCCCACCUCCCGACAUGCUUCCCGCCCCACAACUAAUUUAUUUUUUAUUAAAGAGGAUUAUGACAAAUGAGAAAAGGCUCUUUAUUGUUUUCAUGGGAACCCAGCCAUACAAGCCACCUAAAUGAGCAGGGUGUGGUCAGAAUGAAGGGUGGGAAGGGAACAGCGCUCAGAGCCCGGGCGCAGAGGGCUCGGGCGGGAAGGCUAACGAGUGAGCCCCGUCACCCCAGAUGGGAGGGAGAGGAUCCCGGCUGGCCGUAGGCCCUGCAGCUUGGCCACUGACCACUAGAGGUCGCCACUCCUCCCAGUUUAGAUAUGGAGUCGGGAGCUUGGGUCCAGAGCCGGGGAAAAACGGCCAGGUCUACGGCCGUUUGGUGGCUUUCCUAGUGGGCCGAGCCUGCCCGGAAAGCCUCUCGUCACCUAGCAGCACUUUCUUCAGUCUGGGGCUGAGCUGAGUGGCAGCUGGCUUUUCCGGGGUCUUUUUUUUCCUGUUCCCUUUCUUUGGCCCCGCCUUCCUGCCGCCUCCAUCCUUUCUGCCCUUACGUAUUUCCCUAUUAAGCUGUGGGUUUAUUGCUCGUCGUAGUGCGGGGGAGAAGGGAAGCGAUUUCCGCCCCUCCCCGCCCCCACCGGCUGGAGGAGGAGGAGCCUGGCCUGGCUCCAGGGGACUUGGGCGGAGUCAAGACGGUACAGGAUGUCCUGCCAAAGACAUUCUUCUGAGAUGUCUCACCCUAGUCGCCUCCCUCCUGCCACCCUCACCCAUUUCAUCUCUCAAGGUAAAUAGCCUGCUGGAGGUGGUGUGAGAGCCACAGCCUUCUCCGUGGUCCAGGUCCUCGCCCUGACCCCACGGUUCCGAAGGCCGAGGCCAGACUUCCACUCCUGGAAGCCACACUUCCCAGGGGAUCCUGUGCCUUGGAAAGAGAGCAACAGAACCCGACUCCUCUCCUGCCCGCCCACCCCUCUCUGCACCUGCAGAGAGAGGGGACCUCAGUGCCUACUGUGUCCUGAGCCCACCCCCACCCUCUGAAGGACAGGACUUGUCUGCUCUGGCAGCUUCCUCGCGUCAUACUGUCCCUUCGGGAGUCAGGCUCUCCCGGGGCUAGAAGUGGCUGAGAAGAAAGACUCUGGACAUCUUGAGAGGGAGGAAGGACACGAAAGGGAAUGAGGGGAAGGAAAAUGCAAUUAGCCCACGGCAAGGGGUGAGCGAGGAAAGGGGGUACAAGGAACCCCGACUGUCUCCGUGUCUGCGCAGCCUCAACAGGAACACUAAAGAGACCUGUUCCUCUCUGGUGACCCUGCAAGGGGAUCAAAGAUGUGAGGGACCAGGGAAGUGAGAUCUGAACCCACCCAGCAGAUACCGCGGACGGAGGGAGGAGUCCUCAGCCGAGGGAGGGGGUGGUGGUGAAUAGCUGGGCCCUCCCAGCGAUUCCUGGAAGCUUCUGGGCUGGGCCCGUGCCCCAGCUCCGCCGCGGCUCAGCUGACUUCUCCGAAGUUCCCCUCCCUCGCAGGCCCAUGAAGGCUGUUGCUGGGCAGGUUUGGAGUUUGGCCCGAGCUGAGGACCAAUCACAGGUGGGGAAUGCCGCCGCAGCCCCUCUUAGGGCUCCCCCGGCUUCAGCACCUCCUUUCUCGCUCCGAUGGCCUCUGAGCUCCCCUGGGGCCUCCAGUCACUGCCUUCUCAGGAAGUGGGCUCUCAUCUGGGGGGUGCCCCCUGCCCCUCUCAUUUUAAAGCUAAGAUUCAGUGCAGCCCCUGAGGGUUGUUUCCUCUGGUCACUGAGAUCAGUACAGGUCCGUAUGGAAGCUUUGAGGAUGGGGACCUUAACCCCAAGCCACCCCUUCUCCUGGCCCCUGACAGGGGAGCAGUGUGGCCAGACACCUCAGAGUUGACCUCCAAAGCCCCCUAGAGGGACUUGUGAGAGAGGAAGCUGCAACCCGAGGCCAGCGAGGUGCGGUGGAGCGCCCCCGAGGUCUGGCGCACUGGGGGGCAUUUAGGGAAGGACUCGGAGGAAGUGCACCCCUGAGAACGGAGGUGGGGGUGGGGCGGCCAUGGGAACAACUCUGUAUGCACACCGAGGUGCGGCCUGCAGAAGGCCAGCAAAGCGCGGAGGACUCCUCACUUCUGAGUGUUUGCGAGGAGAUCGGGGUUCUAUGUCACCGUACUUGGGGGUGAACCCGCGAAGUCUCAGUUCAGCUGGGUCAGAAUUCCUCUCUCCUCCCCAGGGUAUUUACCCAAUUAAGCUGCGGCCUUCAGACUAAAUUUAGCUCCUAGACUUCCCCAGCCCCCUGGGCCUCCCUGCAAGCAGGUGCUCACAGCUGCGGGGCUGGGUCUGUGGGGCGAGUCACUGUCAGCUCUGUGGUCCAGAUUCGGCCUCUGGUGACCAGGAGUGGAGCGGAGCGCAGGGACACAGUGGCUGGCCAGGACGCAGGGGUCUCGACCUUAAGGCACCUCCCUCAGGGGCCCUUUGGAGGAUCUGGGGGGCGGGGCCUGCGGGCGGCAGAGCGGUUGAGUGAGGCCACACGCGAGGAGCGGCACCCCUCCAGGCUCCAGCCAGGUCCUCUCUCGUUUCCGGUUUCCCUUUCGCCCCAGUUUUUGGAAGAGGGACUUCGUUUUAACUCAACAGCUUCCCCCAGCAGAGUAAAUUGAGUCAAGGAACUGUCUCCUCUCCCUGAACCCUGGAGAAUCAUGCAAGACUAGACGUUGUAGUUUGCGGCUGUGUGGGGUGGGGGUUUCUAGGGGAACCCUACCCUCUCCUAGAACACGCCUCAAAUCCACCAUGUCUGGUGCCAGGAGUCACUGGGUGGGGAAGUCGGAGCAGAGGGGGCUUAUUUGCGACAGCCAGGUGAGGAAGAGGUGUCAGCUUUAAAGGGCGGGAGGCACCUUCUACAGGAAGCAGCCUCAGGAAAGUACCUAAGUUUGUCAACAAGAGUGAUAUUUGUGUUAACCUCAAGCAAGACAGCACAGAUCAUGAACUUGACUUUGGGCUCCUCCAACCGAGACUGAGGAAAACUCGAGGGGAGGGCCUUCCAGGGCUGAGGGUGGACAGGAUUUGAGGGAGGGGCGUGCCAGACCCGUCUGCCGCCCAGCCGAAGGGGCAGCACAGACAUGGCUUGGAAGCAGCCCGGGCAGGCCUUUCUCCCAGCACCAGAGAGCUGGGUUUGGCCAGGAAAGGACCUUGCUCCUGAGAGGAGGGUGGUUCCGUUACAGAAGGUCUCGGGCUGGGGUGAGGAUGCGUGUGUUCUGAGCUUGGCCCGAAUCUCUUGACGAAACAGCUCUAUAGUGAGGAGGAAAAGAAACUGGGGGCGAGAGUGUGGGGUCACCCGUAAAAAGGAGCAGACUUAUCCUGGGGGCCCUGGGCUAAAAGGCGAAGGCCCCGCCCUGCCCUGGAACCAGAGAACCCUUCUCUCCUUCAUCCCCUCACUAUUGACUCUUGACUGCCUGCCACUUUCGUCACUGAGUUAGGCUCCUUUUCAGCUCCAGGAGAGGAGAGGGCACACGUUUUCUCGAAAGGACAGGGAGUAAGUAUUUUCGGCUUUGUGGGCCACAGCAUCAUCUCCUGCAAGGCUUCACCUCUGCUGUCGCAGCCCAGAAGCGGCCGUGGCCAGUACGCAAACGAAUGGGCGUGGUGGCUGUGUUCCCAUCAGACAUUCUGACGCCAGAAUUUUAAUUUCAUAUAAACGUGUCACAAAAUUUAAUUUAAGUAUGGAAAAACCGAUCUUAGCGCAUGGGCCAUACGAAACGGGUAGUAGGGCCGAUCUGGCAGGCAGGUGGUGUACUGACCCCUGGGACUUCCCCCAUCUGGCUGAACUGCUCUGCCCAGCCAUAGGAAGGCCUGUUUACCUCUGCUCUGCUCUGGGCUUCAAAAUACAGCUGUAGGACCUUUUAAUUCGGCCUCCUACCUACCGAUGCCGCUUCUUAGUGGCUUCUCCCUGGGAAUUCGAUGACUUGGAAAUGACUACUAGAACAAACAAGGAAUAUUUCUCAAUGUUCCUUACAUUUG